AUGGCCACUGCCGUGACCAAACCCGUUGGCGUGGUGACUUUAUUAUACUCGCCAGAUUAUUUGCCAGGAGUUUUGACACUGGGGACACAGCUUCGAGAGAAAACGCGAACCGAUGAAAUUACUACGUGUGUGGUGGUGAGCCAGGAGCUUUUCCUCGAGCGUGGGGGUACUGACGCGGAUCUGGAGCUGAUUCGGUCAUUGUACGAUCUGGUGUUGCCCGUAGAAAGCUCGCGUCAGCUCUCAGACGCUUUGCUAGAGCUCCAUAGGGAAAAUCUGGAACUGCUGGACAGGCCAGAACUGGCUUUCACGUUUUUGAAACUGGAGCUCUGGAGACUCACGCAAUUUUCAAAAGUGGUGUACAUCGACUGCGACUGUUUGUUGGUGAGCAGUGCGUUUUGGGAUAUUCUGACGCUCACCCAAGAUCAGGCCUCGCACGAAAUCGCGGCUAGUCCCGAUUGUGGAUGGCCUGACAUGUUCAACAGUGGGGUGCUGGCACUGGUGCCUGAUUUGGCCGUUUACGACCAACUUGCCAAACUGGUCCUUACCACUCAGUCCAUCGACGGCGCGGAUCAGGGGAUACUGAAUCAGUUUUUCAAUAAAGCAUGCCGCGAGGUAGCGGCGCCCACCGAGCAGGACAAUGCCAGUGACCAAGAUAGCGGCUGGGUCCGUUUGCCCUUCACUUACAACGUCACUGUGCCCAACGCAGGCUAUCAAAACGCGCCCGCAGCCAAGUUUUUCGACAAAGACAUCAAAUUAGUGCAUUUCAUUGGCAAAAACAAACCCUGGAUCUCAAAGACCGAGCACUCCGACCGGUUUCGUGACCAGUGGUGGCAGAUCUAUCUGGGUGCAGUGCAGCGGUGUUCGGGAGAGCCCACCACUGGCCAGGCGCUCGAUCAUGAAGAUGACCCUGAGCAAGCGGAAUCUGAGCCUCAAGUCGCACCGAACAGCCCGCCGCCGCAAUGGGAUGCCACGAAGGAACCGCCCCCCGUAGAUGGCGCUCCAGAAGCUGCUUCGUUCCACUUCCAGCCCGAGUUCGAAUGGAAUCAAGGCGACCAACUACUCGAGGAUGAGCUUCCAAGCCUACAACUAGGCCCGAACCCCAUUUUUCCCUGGGAAACCUACUCCGAUGCAGUAGAGCCGCAAAGAGUAUUUCCGGAAUAG